AGCCUGCCCGGGGGGACAGCUCAUAGCUUUCCAGAUCCCAAGUCUUAGUCCCUGCUCUGAGCUCUGCGUGGAGGGGCGGCCUGGGCCUGGGAGUCCCUUUCUUGGGACCCAAAGUGAAAGAAUACGAAUAAUAGAAGGUACCACACGGGGUUAUGACUUUCCUCUGAGAGGGAACGCGGGUGACGGACUUCAGAUGAGUAAAUCACUAACAAGGCCCGGAGACAGAGAGGGACUCGCGGACAUUUCAGGGGCUGCGGAAGGGCCGCGGGGACUAGAACUCGGGUCUUGACCUAAAGUCCAGCCUUCUCGGGGCAUUAUCACGUUAGAAGGUUCCAGUGGAAUGUUAAGCUUGAGCUUAUACCUAAUAGGAAACCCGAUCGUAAAAGAUGAGCUUUCCUGGUUUUCCCUACCCAAUUUCUAAAUGAAAUUCAAUUUAAAGUAAAUUAGGCCAAAAGAAGAAAAGGCUGUUUCCAACGUCAAAAGAAGCUGCCACUGUUGCAUUCAAAAUUCAAGUGCUAAAAUGCCUACUACACGGAAAGUAAGAAUAAAAGAACCCCCAGAUCAGAGAGAAUCAUGGUGGCGAACAACACUAAAAGAAACUCCCAUACCAGGCACCUACACAGUGCGAGACUUUCUUGAAGAAUCCCAGUUAAACCCGGUGAACAUUACCUACAAUUUUAAAAAUGAAGGUCGGAACAAAGUAUCUUUGCUGGAGCUGACAAGGGACACAACACUGCCCGACACACCCAAGUACAUGCCUCCUGACUUCGUGGAGCUGGUCAAUAGGCAGAUGGCUUCUUACUCGUUCAAAGACACCCCAAGGCAAAGCCCCAGCUCCCUGUGUAUGAAAGAUAAGAAAAUUGAUAUUGCACCAGGACAAUAUGAUAUUGUUUCAGCACCAGUUCCCAAGUUCCUUUCCAGGCACUGUGUAUUCCGUUCUGCAGUCCAAAGGUUUCCAACACAUUAUUUUAUUCCAAAAGAAGGCCCAGGCCCGGCUUAUUAUGAGGCAAAAUCGGCAAAGAUAAAUCCUAUUACAUCCUGUUUCCAGUCAAAAGUGCCUAGAUUCCAGCCAGUUCGUUCAAAAACACCAGGCCCAGGAGCAUACACGUAUACCAGACAGACAGUCAAGCAGCCGCGGAGUAUUGCCAAGAUGGGACAAGAACAUAGCCUUUUCUUCAACAAUACAAUUGGUUUUUGAGUAAUUGGUUUUAUUCUCUGACAACUAGUUGAGUUUAAGUAAGAAUUACAUGAAAAAGAAAGAUCUUGUAAAUUGUUUUAGGGUGAGCAUAGGUGCUAGGAUAGGGGAAAACUAUUGUUAUUACAAGUACUACUAUAUAAUAUAGUCCAAUGCCUUUUUAUAGAGAUGUAUGCUGGUGAUAAAAUACUUUUAGGAUCAUCUCUUAUACUAUUGAGAAAUAAAUUGUAAAGGGACCCACUUACCAUCAA